AUGUAAUUUGAAUGAAAAAAAUUCUUUGGAUCAUCAACACAUUAUGGUGGUGGCCGAAGAAGAAGAACAACAAAUUGUUGAUAAUGUUGAUUGCAACAGUCACAAUAAUAAUCAAAAUGAUCAUCAAAACAAUCAACAACAACAACAAGAUCCAAAUCAUCUUUCUAUUAUGGAUGAUAAUUUAGAUGUCAAUCGAUUAUUAGAUAAUCCAAGUCCACAAAUGCAACAAAUUAAUGGUCUGAUUAUUGAUCAAACUAACAAUCCAACAUCGCCAUCAUUACAACGACAAGAUUCGGUCGAUAUAGUCGCGAAACCGAUACCAGAUGAUAAACGAAAACGUUCACCUGUGCCGAAAGAUAUUUAUCCAUCACCAUCCGAUAUAAUCGAUGAACAAGUCGAUGGUGAAUCGAUAAAAUCAAAAGAAAUUGGUCAACCAAUUAAACGAUUAAAGAAUGUAAGCAUCCAGGAAUUGAAAAAAGAUUUGGAAAAAUCUCGACAACAGCAACGACAAAAAUUAGCGCAACAAAAGAAAAAACCUACCGGAAAUGGUGUGAUAAUCAAUGGUGAUGCUACAAUUAUCGAUAUGGAUUCAAAACAACAGCCACCAUCACCAAAACCACCCCCACCAUCAAGAUUAUCACAGAAAAAACUUCAGGUUGAAAAAUUAGAUAUAACAGCUGCAUUGGAUGUAAGUUCAGUUGGAUCCGCUACGCCAUCACCACAGCCACCAUCAUCGGUUUCACCAAUUUUGCCUAGUGAUCAACAAACAGCCGCUAUAGCGAAACCAACAAAAAUGAAAUCCAAACGAUCACAAGGAUCAGUCGGUGGUAUCAAAUUGACUGAAUUAGAAAUGGCCAAAUUAGGUAGACUUGGAGUACAACCUGGUGGAGAUGGUGGUGCAAAAGGGAAACCAGGAAGAAAAUCACCAUUACCGCCAGGCAAAUUAACACCAUCACCAAAACCAUCAGCUAAAUCAUCACCACGUCCAUCACCACGUGAAUCACCAAUUCCUCCCCAAGGUAAAAAAGAUGCUACCGAUGGUGAAACAAGUGAUGAUAAAAAAACACGAAUGCCAAGAAGUGAAAUGCCAACCAGAAAACAACGAAUGCAACAACGAAAAGAAGCAGCAGCGGCUGCUGCUGCUGCUGACGCUAAAGAUGGAAAAAAACCAACCGAAACUGAAGGAAUGAAAGAUGAACAACCACCGUCAAAAGAACAUGGAUCAUCAUCAUCAAGUUCUCGCUCAAGAUCACGUGAAAGAGUUGGACCUGGUGGACGUAAAUUAUCACGGGAAAUGUCUAAAGAUGUACAAGGACGUGGAUCUCGAAAACAAUCUUUGUUGGAUCAAUCCCCAUCAUCAAGAGCGACAAAAAAUAUUAGUGAUUAUGGACAUAAAUUGGUUGCACUUUGUCGUAAAGGAGAUUGGGUUGGUGUUGAUACAAUAAUCAAAUAUAUAAAUAAAUAUAAUGUUGAAUUUGAUAAAACGGCUGUAUCCGAAACAACCGGUUGGUCACCAUUAAUGUUUGCUGUACGUGAUAAUCGCAUACAAAUAUCUGAGCAAUUAAUCGAUCUUGGUAUACCAAUCAAUACCAAAGCAAAGGAUGGAAUAACAGCAUUACAUUUAGCAUGUGCUUAUGCACGUGAAGAUACAAUAAGGUUAUUGUUGACAAAUAAAGCCGAUGCAAUGAUACCUGGUGGUGAAAAAAAUCAAUUAGCAAUACAUGUUUUAGCACAAAAAGCAACUGGUGCUGCACUUGUACCAUUACAAUUAUUAUUAAAAUCAAGUCCAAAAGAAGUACGUUUAGCAGCGGAUAAAGAUGGAAAUUUACCAUUAUUCAUUGCCCUCGAGAAUGGUAAUCAUGGUGUUUGUCGGGAAUUACUAAAAGAAUUACCAAAAGAACAGAUCAAUACGCAUAAACCGGAAACAGGUGAAACAGCCAUCCAUAUUGCUAUCCGGAAAAAAGAUACCGAUAUGUUACGUUUAAUGGUGGAUAAUGGUGGUGAUGUUGAUCAACAAAAUAAAGAUGGACACACUGCAUUACAUAUGGCAGCAAUAAUGGGUGAUGAAGGACUAAUAAAAUUCUUACAUAUGGUUGGUGCAAAACCAAAUAUUGUUGAUAAACAAGAACGUACACCAUUACAUUUGGCAACGGAAAAUGGUCAUAUGAAAACUGUUGAUUUUUUAACCGAAAAAUUUCGUGCAUCCGUACAUGAACGUACUAAAGAUGGUAGUACAUUAAUGCAUUUAGCAUCAGCUGCUGGCCAUCCCGGUACGGCUAUGGUUUUUAUGAAAAAAGGUGUUGCAUUGCAUAUGCCAAAUAAAGCCGGUGCUAAACCAAUUCAUAUGGCUGCUAGUCGUGGUCAUACUGAAGUGGUGAAAGCAAUUGUACAAAAAGGUGAAUCAGUUGAUUCGAAAACUAAUGAAGGUUAUACAGCGCUGCAUAUAGCCGUACAAUCUGGUCAUGCACAAGUUGUUGAAGCAUUAAUCGGUAUGGGUGCUGCUGUACAACAAGAAGCUGGAAAAAAUGGUGAAACACCAUUACAUACUGCGGCAAGAAUUGAAAAUGGUCGUCCUUGUGUCGAAAUGUUGAUCAAAAGUGGUGCCAAAAUUAAUGCUAUAGAUGCGAAUGGCGAAUCGCCUUUACAUUUUGCAGCAAGAGAAGGAUUCCUGGAAACUGUUGAUAUGUUAUUGGAAGAUCAAGCUGAUCCAUCAAUGUUGAAUAUAAAUGGUGAAAAUGUAUUGCAUAUUGCAGCAAAAGAAUCACAUUAUCCAAUUGCCAAAAGACUGAUUGAAUAUACUAUUGAAACUAAAGAUAAAAAAUCCUGUACCGAAUUAGUUAAUAAACCGAAUAAAAAUGGUGAAAGCUCAGUACAUUAUGCUGCAAAUUUAACCGAAAAAAAUCGUCAUUACGAAAAUGAAGAUCGUGAUAUAAUGCGUUUGUUACUCGAAAAUGGUGGUAAUGUUUUUCUUGAAACUAUUGAAAAAUCUGAAACACCAGUACAUUAUUGUAGUAAAUCUGGCAAUACGAAUGCAUUACAAGAAAUUAUUAGCUUUUUACCACCGCUUGAUGCUCAAUUAGCUUGUAAUAAAACGGCCAAAUCAGGAUGGACACCAUUAUUUUAUGCAUGUUCACGUGGUCAUGCCGAUACAAUACGAAUGUUGUUGAAUCAAAAUGCACGUGUCGAUAUAUUUGAUGAGCGUGGACAAGCUGCCUUACAUAUUGCAGCUGAAAUUGGUCAGGAAGAAGUGGUUGAAAUAUUAUUAGAAUCAAAUGCAUUUGUUAAUGUUCGUAAUAAGAAUGGUAUGACACCAUUACAUUUGGCUGCACGUAAAGGCUAUAAUAAUAUGGUUAAACGUUUGGUCACCGAACAUAGUGCCUUGUUGGAUGCCAAUACAUUGACUAAACAAACACCGUUACAUUUAGCAGCUGAAGCUGGUCAACUAGCUGUUUGUGAAACAUUAUUAGAAUUAAAAGCCGAUGCAUUAGCCAUUGAUAAUCAUUCACAAACGCCAUUACAUUUAGCUGCCGAACAUGAUCAUUCGGAAGUUGUAAAAUUAUUUUUAAAACAUAAACCAGAUUUAUUAUCGGUACCAAAUCGUAAUGGUUAUACUUGUGCACAUAUUGCUGCAGCAAAAGGUUCGGUUGCUGUCAUUAAAGAAUUGAUGCGUCUCAAUCAAGAUUCAGUGAUUAAUGCGAGAAUUUCGAAAACAAAAUCAACAACAUUACAUUUGGCAGCUGAAGGUGGUCAUGUUGAAGUUGUUCGGACAUUAUUACAGGCCGGUGCAAAAGCAACCGAUGAAAAUGCUGAAGGUUAUACAGCAUUACAUUUAGCGGCAAAAAAAGGACAUGUUAAUGUAUUACGUGCAUUGAAAGAACAAUCCACUGCCUAUUGGAAAGUUUGUAGUCGUCGUAUUGGCCUGACAGCAUUACAUGUUGCCGCCGCAUUUGGUCAGACCGAAUGUGUUAGUGAAAUGUUACCAAUUGUACCGGCUACAAUUAAAAGUGAACGUCCAUUAAUUGAUCCAAGUGGUGAUUAUGGCAUAACACCAUUACAUUUAGCAUCACAAAGUGGUCAUGAAAAUGUUGUACGAUUAUUAUUGAAUAGUAAAGGUGUACAGGUUGAAGCACCAACCGAAGUAGUCGGUACAAUACCAAUGCAUAUGGCAGCACAAGGUGGUCAUUUACUUGUUGCCGGUCUACUAAUUAGUCGUACUAGUGAACAAUUACAUCGUGCAGAUAAAUAUGGCCGCACACCAUUACAUUUAGCAGCAUCAUUUGGUCAUCGUGAUAUGGUUUCAUUACUGCUGGGACAAGGUGCCAAUAUCAAUUCACAAGAUAAUAGAGGAUGGUCACCAUUACAUUAUGCAUCACGACAUGGUUUUCUUGAUGUUGUACAGCUUUUAGUGGAUUCGGGUGCCGAUCCUGAUUUACAUUCAAAAGAUGGCCGUGUACCAAUGUGUUGUGCUGCCGGUGCUGGACAUUAUCAAGUAUUAAGUUAUUUAUUUAAAAAAGAACAUGAUACAUUGAAUCUGAUGGAAGAUCGUGAUUUUCUACUUGAUCUGAUGGUCUGUUCCAAACAACAUGAAAAUAAACCAAUUCAAGAAUUUAUUCUGGUUUCAUCGGCACCAAUCGAUACAGCUGUAAAAUUAGCAAAAAGUUAUGAAAAUUUAGCACAAAAAGAAAAAGAUCGUACACGUGAUUUAGAAACUGUUUAUCACUAUUGUGAUCAAAUUGCAACCGAUUUAUUAUCAAUAACAGCAACAACAAACAAUGCCGGUAGAUUAUUACGUGCAAUCGAUUAUAAAGGUACAGAAUUUUUGGAUGUUUUAAUCGAAUUGGAACGUAAAGAGGUUGUUGCACAACAUGCUGUACAACAAUAUCUGACCAAUGUUUGGAUGGGCACGAUGAAAUGGGCUGGUUGGAAAUUUAUAAUAUUAUUUUUUUCAAUGUUAUUAUGUCCAUUCAUAUGGAUAUUAAUAUCAUGUCCAUUUGGUCAUCGUUUAAGUAAAAUGCCAAUCAUCAAAUUUACACUCUACCUCGUAUCGCAUAUAUUUUUUAUUGUUAUAUUAACAAUAACCACCGUUAAUCCAUGGUUACCAAUCUAUAUGAAUGAUGGACAAUUUCCAUAUUGGCAUGAAUGGCUAUUAUUAGUAUGGGUAUUGGGCAUUUUCUUGGCUGAAGUUACUAAUCCGGCUGAUCGUGAUGGUCUUGGUGGCAUCAAAGUUGUUGUGGUAUCGGUUUGUUUUAUGGCUGUUAUUGUACAUAUUUUAACCGUAAUAACCGGAUAUUUUGAAUAUUUCGAAGAAGUAACACGUUUAGUUAUGCUUUAUUUACGUAAUCAAUUAUUGGCCGUUGCAUUAUUGUUGUCCUUUUUGGAAUUUCUUAAUUUUCUAACAUUUCAUCAUUUAUUUGGCCCAUGGGCAGUUAUUAUUCGUGAUCUAAUCAAAGAUUUGCUCAGAUUUUUAGCUAUUUUAUUAAUAUUUAUGAUUGGAUUUUCUUUGCAUAUUUGUGCCAUUUAUCAACCAGUAUUCGAACCACCGGAUACAGUGAAUGGAACAUUGCCAAGUUUUGGACAAGAAUUUCAAAAUCCAUUAGAUACAUUUGAAAUGUUAUUUUUUGCAUUGUUUGGUCUUGUUGAACCGGAUUAUAUGCCGCCAAUGCAUCUAAGCCCACCUGUUGCAAAAAUAAUAAUGAAAUUAGUGUUCGGUGUUUACAUGAUGGUUACUGUUAUAGUAUUGAUUAAUCUAUUGAUCGCUAUGAUGUCCAAUACAUAUCAACGUAUACAGGCACAAUCAGAUACUGAAUGGAAAUUUGGCCGAGCAAAAUUAAUACGAAAUAUGACACUUACAUCACCAACACCAUCACCAAUCAAUAUAUUUAUUGGUCUACCAUAUCAGAUUAUGUCCAAAUUAUUAACUUUACGACAAGAUCGAAAAAAAGGAAUGCAUAUAACAGCAGCAUUAGCACAUCGUCCAUCCGUAGUGGCUACACAAAAAUGGCUACAAAGUGGUGCCGGUACGGGUGCAGUGGCUGCCGCUGUUGGUGGUGCAGGUGGUCGUCGUGCAUCACGUGCAACCAGUCAUAUUAGUCGUACAUUUGGACAAACAUAUGCCGAUGAUACGGAAACACAAAAACCAAUUACCGAAGUUAUUAAUUGGCCGGUUAUUGUUAAAAAAUAUUUAGAAUAUAUUGGUGCAAUUGGGGCUGAUACCGGUGAAGAAGAUGAUAAAGAUAAUAGCCAAAUGUUGAUUGAAUCACCAACCGAUACUAGUCGACCUAUGAGCUAAAAAUUGUAUUCAAAAUAAAUUUUUUUUAUUUCUCUAUUAAUUUCAUAUUUGAAAAAUUCAAAAUUAAAGUUUUUUAUAUGCAACCAU